UGAGGCACCCUGGCUUUGGGGGCCCAAACUAGCCAGCUUUCCCCUUCUGGAUCUGCUGGCCUAAUUCCCAACUGCAGCUGCCACCUUGGGUCCCCCUCCCCAAGUCAAUCUCCCUGCAUAUUUGGUAGCAUAGGAAGGAGGGGCUGAGGGACAGGGAGAGACAGAGAAUGGACUGAGCUCUAAUGCUCUAAUCUGAUGUUGAUGAUCCUAAAGGCUUCCCAGCGCCAGUGCCCUCUGUGAUCUACUCUCCGGGGGAUUCUUUUUUUCUUUUUUUUUCACCCGGUGCGAUGCACUUUUUCCUUCUGCCUUCGGCUCCUUAAGAAACUGACCAGAAAGUUAAACCUAGACACACAAACGCACGUACAAACCACCAGGAAAAAAAAAAUCAGCAGGAGCAGGCAGGCAGGCAAAGAGCACGCGCGCUCGGGCUCAGCUCUGUCCUGGAGGAAGAGCGACUCGGGCAGAGAGAGUCGCGGGGGUUGGCAGUGACCCAGACGGAGGUCUUCUGCCCACCCCCACCCCCCCAGCCUCCUUCAUGGACCCAGAGACCGCCAAAGGGGCUGUGUAGGAUGGGCAACUGCGUCAAGUCGCCACUAAGAAACCUCUCGAGAAAGAUGCGCCAGGAGGAGAAGACCAGCUACAUGGCGGUGCAGACAAGCGACGAUGGGAUGGCGGAUGGCGGCGAGCUCCAUGGACCACUCAUGAUGCUGGCCCAGAACUGUGCCGUCAUGCACAACCUGCUGGGUCCCGCCUGCAUUUUUCUCCGAAAGGGUUUUGCUGAGAACAGACAACCUGACAGAUCUUUACGACCAGAGGAGAUUGAAGAGCUCCGAGAGGCCUUCCGGGAAUUUGACAAGGACAAGGACGGUUACAUCAACUGCCGGGACCUGGGGAACUGCAUGCGCACCAUGGGCUACAUGCCCACCGAGAUGGAGCUCAUCGAGCUGUCUCAGCAGAUCAACAUGAACCUGGGUGGCCACGUGGAUUUUGAUGACUUUGUGGAACUGAUGGGCCCUAAACUCCUGGCGGAGACAGCAGAUAUGAUUGGCGUAAAGGAGCUGAGAGACGCCUUUCGGGAGUUUGAUACCAACGGUGACGGGGAGAUAAGUACGACUGAGCUGCGAGAGGCCAUGAGGAAGCUCCUGGGUCAUCAGGUGGGACACCGGGACAUAGAGGAGAUUAUCCGAGACGUGGACCUCAAUGGAGAUGGACGAGUUGACUUUGAAGAGUUUGUCCGGAUGAUGUCUCGCUGAGACCGCCAAGGGGCUCCUCCGGGUCUGCCAACUUCCACAGGCGGGAAGAAGAGCUGAGCUCGUCUCACCCCCGCAGUAGCUGCCGAGAGCCCAGGAUGUACUGGCGGAUGGGGCCUGCCUGCACCCCGGGGAGGUGCCCACCCCGGAACCCCCCACCCCUCCGCACUGUGAAAGACUCACAACUCCUGCAACUGGAAAAAGGGGGCGCCCGCCGGAGAGGAGGCCACAGCGCCAAGCCGGUAGAGGACACGCAAGGCGCCAAGUGCCAUGUGCCGAGCCGCUGCUGGCUGGGUGGGCCAAGGAGCCCGCCAGCAGACCCCACACAGCAUGUGUGCCCCAGGGCAGAGCCUCUCAGCGCCCUCCUGAUGCCUGUCCCAGCUCGCCUAGCCCUUUGAUCUCAGAACCAAUAAAAA